UGCUCGAGACUCGAUGCAUCGCAUCGCCAUUCGCCAUUUUGGUUGUCCAACAUUGAUCUUGAGUUGAUGUAGUUAUUUUAUUCGAUUCGUUUGAUCAUCGUUCAAUUAAUAAUCGGUUUGAUUUGGGCGGCAAGUUAAAAAGUUUGUUUUGAUUUCUUCAUACGAAUCUAGAGGGUAAAUUCCAACCAACAGCAGUGCGUUAUGGGGAGAAGUCAUUCCGUUGUUUGGCGUUUCUAUGAGCGUCUAAUUGACGAUGGAAGGACUUAUGCGGUGUUGUGUAAAUUAUGCGAUACGCAGUACAAAUUCUUCGGAAACACAACCAACUUGAAGUCUCAUUUAGUUCGCAAACAUCCUAUACAGUGGGAACUGGGCACUGGUUGUUUGGAUGAUAUCGCCCGGCAAAGUCUUGAUGAUGCUGACGAGGUGACCCUAAAGCGCACCAGGAAUUACAAACAGGACAAGAACGUACGUUACUCCGUUUCUGUAAAUAAUCUAAGUAGUCAAGAUGAUAAGGCUAGUAAUGCGAUGCCUCAAAUUAUGAUACAAAUGCAUGGUGACACUGAAACUGAAGCAGAAACUGAUAUUGAAGAAUCAAAUAGAGGUUCAUUGCUUGUGGAGAGACAUGAAAAUGACGAGGAAUGGUUGGAGGAUGAUCCAUAUCAGACCGGUCGCACAGAGUCCUACGAACCAAAGAAAAAAAAAGUUAAAACCAUGAAAGUCAAGCGAGAAGUGAUCAGUCCACCACGAAGAAGAGAGUCCUCAUAUUAUCAAAGCACCCCAUUGCCUCGUAAAGUUGAUCGCGAGAUCAUUUAUAGAGAUCCUCCACCAAUCAAAGAUGAAUACUCGGUUUUUGGGGAGUAUGUAGCGAAUAAGUUGAGAAAGUUUAAAGCACCAAGAACUCGUGGUAAUAUCCAACAACUGAUCACAACAAUCUUGUGGCAGGCCGAGUAUGGUAUGUAUGACAAUGCUGAUUCUGUUAAAAGAGUUAUUUCUAUCCCGACUGAAACAGCGUUGGUGGAGGCAGAUACAGAAACAACGGAGCCCUGUAAAUACCAUAUCACAAUUGGUGCUGAUGAGCAGAACCAAACUGAAGAAGUUUAUGCAGAAACUACUGAAUAGAUACUAUGAAGUAAUUAUUAGAGAAUUUUUUCCUACGUACUGUAAAUAAAAUUAAACUUUGACUAGAUAUACAUACAUA